CCGCCUCCGAGAACAAACGGGACAUUCAGCAGCGGCCAGUGGCUGCCAGCAACUCCUUGGGGAAAGGAAUCGUCGAGUCAGGCUGCACCGUAAUCGCCUUUAAAAGCUCCCGGACCCCUCCAGCCGCGCAUACCUGGGCUGCCCCGCGGCCGCGCGCGUGUGUCUCCAGUGAGCGCCGGGUGUGAGCCAGGGGCGCAGCCGGCGUGCGCUGCGCAGGGCGGGCGGCCCGGAGUGUCUCCACCGGCCAUGAGCGGCGCGGGCACCUGGGCUGUGCUCGGCCUGCUGCUGGCGGCCCAGCAGUCGGGGCAGCAGCCCCGGGAGAGAUCUGUUUUCACAUGUGGUGGUGUUCUUACUGGAGAGUCUGGAUUUAUUGGCAGUGAAGGUUUUCCUGGAGUGUACCCUCCAAAUAGCAAAUGCACUUGGAAAAUCACAGUUCCCAAGGGAAAAGUAGUAGUUCUCAAUUUCCGAUUCAUAGACCUUGAGAGUGACAACCUGUGCCGCUAUGACUUCGUGGAUGUGUACAAUGGCCACGGCAAUGGCCAGCGUAUUGGGCGCUUCUGUGGCACGUUCCGGCCUGGAGCCCUUGUGUCCAGUGGCAACAAGAUGAUGGUGCAGAUGAUAUCCGACGCCAACACUGCUGGGAAUGGUUUCAUGGCCAUGUUCUCUGCCGCUGAACCAAAUGAAAGAGGGGAUCAAUAUUGUGGAGGACGCCUUGAAAGACCUUCCGGCUUUUUUAAAACCCCCAACUGGCCAGACCGUGAUUACCCUGCAGGAGUCACUUGCUUAUGGCACAUUCUAGCCCCAAAGAAUCAGCUUAUAGAAUUAAAGUUUGAGAAGUUUGAUGUUGAGCGUGAUAACUACUGCCGAUAUGAUUAUGUGGCUGUGUUUAAUGGUGGAGAAGUCAACGACGCUAAAAGAAUUGGAAAGUAUUGUGGUGAUAGUCCACCCGUGCCAAUUGUAUCUGAAAGAAAUGAACUUCUUAUUCAGUUUUUCUCAGACUUAAGCUUAACUGCAGAUGGAUUUAUUGGUCACUACAAAUUCAGGCCAAAAAAAUUACCUACAACUACAGCACUGCCAAUGACCACCACAGUCACUGUAACUACAGGUUUAAAACCCACCAUGGCCAUGUGUCAACAAAAAUGUAGAUGGGCUGGUACUCUGGAAAGCAAUUACUGUUCAAGCAACUUUGUAUUUGCUGGUACUGUUAUCACAACCAUCACACGGGGUGGAAGCUUGCAUGCCACAAUCUCCCUCAUCAGCAUCUAUAAAGAGGGAAAUCUGGCAAUUCAACAGGCUGGCAAGAACAUGAGUGCCAAGGUCAUUGUGAUCUGCAAGCAGUGCCCUCUCCUCAGAAGAGGUCAAAAUUACAUUAUUAUGGGCCAAGUGGGUGAAGAUGGGCGAGGCAAAAUCAUGCCCAACAGCUUUGUCAUGAUGUUGAAGACCAAGAAUCAGAAGUUCCUGAAUGCCUUGGAAAACAAGCAAUGUUAACAGUGAACUGUGUCCAUUUAAGCUUCAUUCUGAUAUUGCCUUUGAAAGAUCUAUUUUUCUCACUAUAAAAACAAUCUUAUGACAUUAAAUAUUGAAUAUUCAGAAAGACUGACUCUUCACAGAGGUAGGUGUGAUGGAAGUUCCAUGCUUGCAUCAAGAGAAGCAGAUAUUGUAGUGCAGUGACAGGAACCUAAUGGCAUUGAGCGGUGACUGUUGAAAGUAGUUAAUUUAUACAUGCCUGUAAAGGGGUAUUUUAAAGAUAGUUUUGUGAAGAUGUAAAAGGAGAUUUUUAUAAGUGCAAUAUUUGCUUCAAGAUGUUAUAUUCCUUUCUUGCAUUUUUAAAUCGAUGCUUAAUAAAAUAUUUUUAAAUGA